GUUGAUCACCUGGCAUCGUUUUCGUGACGACCGAUUGAUACGAAAGGACUUACUUGCUCUUACACAGAAAAGUGCGUCAUUGUGAAGGUUUUUUUAAACAUUUUUUGGCGUGAGUAUACACCGCACCUUAUCAGAAAAGGGAAGAAAGUUGCUCUCGGUACCGUAAGGUGGCCUUAUUCGGUUCGGAGGCUGACCUAGUUACGCUCCUUGCGCAUCAUUAUCAAACCUACUCGAUCAUCAUAUUGGCUUUUGUGGCGGUCCGCGCUUAAUCGUAAACCGGUGUAUUGCGGUCGUUGGCGUGUUGCAAAAAACGGCCGAUAAACAAUGCAUGCAAGUAACUGAAUGGCGCAGUAAACGGAAGUCGCUGCACCGUUGAAGUGGACACUAGAGCCUACGGUGGCUUCGGGAAGCGUGUGACAAGUGAUUGCACGAAAGUUUGCAAGCUUCGUCCUUUUUUGAGCACCGUUCGGCUGCGGGCGAAGCAAGCUCGGGGAACACAAACCUUACAUAAGGUCCUUCCGAGCCGUCCGAUCGGCACCCCUGCCGGGCGAUAUACAAAACAAACUGCGCGUCGCCCAUCGAAACGGUUGUCGAUCGUGAUCGGGAAGCAAAUUAAUCGAGUGUAUGACUGCCGGACAUUGAUAUAGUUUUCCGAGUGGCCGUCUUUAGUUGGUUUUUGUUUCGUUUAGCCCGAUUUCCGUGUUUACUCUUACCGGGGAAUGAAUCCGGCGUUUCGUCAGUUUUUCGCAGUGCUUCCAUUCGCCGUCGGGCGCGGCUCGUUGGUGCGGUGUGGCCGGACCAGUGCUCGGCAGCUGAAAGGAGUACUGUUAACGCAGCGUCGCGAUCCGCGUGUGCUCGGAGCAUUAUUCUCAGCCCAGCGUCGGUACUGUUGCUUCGAAAUGAAGCCCAAGGUGUACGUGACACGAAACGAUUACGCCCGAAUUGGGUUGGAUUUGAUUAAAGAGGAGUGCGAUAUUUCACUGUGGGACGAAUCGUAUCCAGUGCCGCGCGAUGAGUUCCUAAAGAAUGUGGCCGGUAAGGAUGCGAUCUACUGCUCGUUGAACGAUCGCAUCGAUAAGGAGCUGCUCGAUCAGGCUGGGCCGAAUCUGAAAGUCAUUUCAACGAUUUCCGUCGGCUACGAUCAUAUCGAUGUGAAGGAGUGCAAACAGCGAGGAAUUCGUGUCGGAUACACGCCGGAUGUGCUGACGGAUGCGACAGCGGAACUAACGGUUGCCCUAUUGCUGGCCACCGCCCGACGGAUGUUUGAGGCCAACAAGCAGGUGCACACGGGUGGUUGGAAAUCAUGGUCACCGAUGUGGAUGUGUGGUCGGAGCGUGAAAAACUCCGUCGUAGGAAUCUUCGGGUUCGGACGCAUCGGUCAGGAGGUGGCGAAACGGUUAGCUCCGUUCAAACCGUCCACCAUUCAGUUCACGAGCCGUACGGACAAAUUCCUGACCGCCGAGGAUCUCGGCGUGACACAGGUUCCGUUUGAUGAGUUGGUUGAGACGAGCGACUUUCUCAUCAUCGCGUGUUCGUAUAACGUAGAGACGGCGAACCUGUUUAACGAUGCCGUGUUCUCGCGCAUGAAACCGUCGGCCAUACUGAUCAACACGAGUCGCGGCGGCGUGGUAGAGCAGCACGAUCUGAUUCAUGCGCUACGGGCGGGCAAAAUAACGGCAGCCGGACUGGAUGUGACCACACCCGAACCGCUACCCCUCGACAAUCCGCUGCUAACGCUACCGAAUGUGGUGCUAUUGCCCCACAUCGGAAGCGCAGAUAUUGAAACACGCAUCGAAAUGUCGCGCAUAACGGGAUGCAACAUACUGGCCGGCUUGAAGGGUGUAAAGAUGCUGUCGGAAGUUUAAGAUGCCCUCGACUUUUCAGAGCUCGUUUAAUGGGCUGUUCCUUGGGGCAUAUUGUUAUACUGUACUUGGAAAUAAAUAAAUAAGAACGAU